GUAGUGUCUCGCCAUGCAGCGCGCGGGUGGGAGCAGGGCCUGUGCGCCAUGAGCCACACUCCUAUUGGCGGCCACCCGCAAGGUUGGGAGCACAAGCUUGCAGACAGGUCGUCGCUGCCGCCGGCGCCGGGGGAGGAGAAGAGUAAAUCUCAGGCCAGACAUGUAUUCGCACAGCCGCAUCUGUCUAAGGCGGGCAUGGCGUCGUGGCGCGAGGAGACGGAAGGCUCGUCGGGCAGCUCCGCGCGCUCGCCCGCCUCGCCGCCCUACAUCCGCUGGGCGAGGACCUUGCACCAUCUGCUCGAGGACGCGGAGGGCGUGCGUCUGUUCCGCAAGUUCGUGGGCGGCGCGGGCGGGCUGCACGUGGACCGGCUCAACUUCUACUUCGCCGUGCAGGGCCUGCGCCAGGAGAGCGAGCCCGCCAAGAUACGGCAGGUCGUCUCCGCGAUAUACAAGUUUCUGCGCAAGUCUCAGCUAGCGAUGCCCGAGGAGCUGAAGCAGCGUGUGAAGCAGGGCCUCAAAGAUGGCAUCAACAUCGAGAAGACCAUCUUUGACAAUAUGGAGCAGGAGGUAACGCGCGCGAUCACGGAGUCGACGUACCAGUCGUUCCUGCGCUCGGACGCCUACGUGUCGUACGUGAGCGCGGCCACGCAGCCGCUGUCCUCGCCCGACGCUUCGCCGCCGCACUCGAGAGAAAUGUGCGGAGGAGGUCUCGCCACGCUCCACGAAGGCCAGGAGCUGUCCGCGGGCGGCGGUUGUCCGCCGGUCGUGGGCGCUGCGGCCGUGGGCGCAAGACUCACGCACGACGCGCUAAUCGCGACGCAGACGCGACGGUUGCAUUCGGAUGUCGCACCGCACCGCAAGCGGUCCGUGUACAGCGCGCACGUGUCGUACGCCGGCUACACGCCCGCGUCGCGCCAGGACUCGGAGCGCGCCAGUCUCAGCAGCGGCCGCACCGACAGCGAUGCUGUGUCGCUCUCCGGCAGCAGCGUCGACGGCAUGUCGAUGCGCGGCGCGCGCGAGAGCCGCGAGUCGCGCCACCGGCCGCGCCUGUACGGACUCGACCGCAGCCUCAUCAACAAGGAGCAGGACACGGCCAUGAUGAUACCGCGGACGCAGCGCGUGCAGUCGGAGCAGCUGCGCGUGCUGCCGCCGGCCGAGUUCGCGCCGCUGCUCAUCGAGAAGCUGGAGCGGGUCAAGCGCGAGCAGGAGAACAAGGAGCGCCUCGAGAGGAGGCUGGCGGAGGGUGAAGGCGACGAGGUGAUGGCGCAAGCGCUCCCGCCGCAGCUGGUGGCGGCCGCCAUCCGGGAGAAACUGCAGCUCGACGACGUCAACGAUCAAGAUAUUCUAGAUCAGCACGUGUCGCGCGUGUGGUCGGAGCGCACGCCGGGCGCGUCCCCGCCGGGCGGGCGGCGCACGCGCGCGCGGCACGGCGCACACGCGCACGCGCACGGCGCACACGCGCACGGCUCGCGGCGCGCGCCCUCCGCGCUGUCCGCCGACUCGGGCCACUACGACGGCCCGCCCGACUCGCUGCACCACCCGCACUCCGUCACCCGCAGAUCGUUCUCCAAGAAGACGGUGACGGAGCUGACGGACAGCGGCGUGUCGGUGGUGAGCGAGGGCACGGCGAGCGCGGCGGGCGUGGAGCCGCGCAUCCUGCUGUGGAUCGCCGAGGGCUCGGAGCGCAUGGAGCGCCGCAACUACCGCGAGUCCUCGCGCGGCUCCUCCGCCGACCGCGACGAGCACCGCCGCCGCGACAAGCAGCAGAGGACUCGCGGCGGCACGGCCACCGGCGGCAGCACGGGCAGUAAGUCGAGCGGCGCCAGCGGGGACGCGCACACGGUGGUGGUGGUCAGUUUCCUGGACGAGAGCGUGCCCUACCGGUUCAAGGUGCCCGCCUCUCCCCUCACGCUGCGCCUCUUCAAGGACUAUCUGCCUAGGAAGGGCAACUAUAGAUACUUCUUCAAAACGGAGUGCGCAGACUUGGACAACACCGUGAUACAGGAGGAGGUCAGCAACGACAACGACACGCUGCCCAUGUUCGAGGGGAAGGUGAUGGCGCGCGUCAAGAGCAUCGAGUGAACCGCCGCGAGCCGCUCCCUUCACCCCGUGCCGGUCUCACUUCACUCACACUUGCGGCCCGCUUCACUGACAGUUGCGGCUCACUUCACUCACAGUUGUGGCUCGCUUCACUGACAGUUGCGGCUCACUUCACUCACAGUUGUGGCUCGCUUCACUGACAGUUGCGGCUCACUUCACUCACAGUUGCGGCUCACUUCACUCACGGUUGCGGCUCGCUUCACUGACGGUUGCGGCUCACUUCACUCACGGUUGCGGCUCGCUUCAGUGACAGUUGCGGAUCGCUUCACUCACAGUUGUGGCUCGCUUCACUGACUGUUAAGGCUGGCUUCACUGACAGUUGCGGCUCCCGUCACUGACAGUUGCGACUCAAUUCGCUGACGGUUGCGGCUCAAUUUGCUGACGGUUGCGGCUCGCUUCAUUGACGGAUGCAGAUUGUUUCACUGACAGUAGCGACUCGCUUCUAAAGUUUGCGGGUCGAUUCAUUGACGGUUGCGUUUCGCUUCAUUCACAGUUGCGGCUCGCUUCAUUGAAUGUUGCGGCUCGCAUCAUGGACGAUUGCGGCUCGUUUCACUGACAGUUGCCGCUUGAUUCACUGCGUAACCGGUAACCUUUGUAUGAGAUUUACAUCGUCUAUCGAAAUAUCAUGUUAAAUUUUUAGUUUGACCACCAAGUGACUUUUUUACUAAUUCAUUUUGUUAAUGAAGAUACUCGUACCGAGGUCACCACAACAACUAUACAUCUAAGACCUAAGAUUUUUUUAACAAAGCUAAUAUACAAUGUUUCGAUAUAUCAAGAUAUUUAAAUCCCAUAAUAAGGGUACUGUUUUUAGUGCAAUUCCAACUAUAUGUAAUAUGUAGAUGCAGUGAAAAUGUAACUGAUAGUGAUAAUAAAAGGCAAACAUCUAACUAUUUAGGGGUUUAUAACACUUUUUUGAAAUCCUAAAACACAGUGUGUGUGUUAAGUUAAAUCAAAUUAUAGUAUUUUUGGUACACAAUGUAAUUUUAUGGACCUUGUCAUACUUUACAGAAUACUUUUUGAUUUGACUUAAUACCCACUUUAAAGGAGUGUUUCUAAUCAUAAACCGGCAUGGGUUAUCAUAGUUCAUUUAAAAUAUUGUUAAUAAUCAUCUAAACUUUGUACAGAAAGUAAUAUUAAGGAAAAUGUCCGUUUGUAAAUAAUAAUAAUCGCAAUCGCAAUCAUAUUCAGUGAGAUGGCAGCGGUGAGCAAAUAUCACUUGUAUUUACUAGGUAUUAAGGUUUAAAAUAGAUGUCGCCCUGACUGACAAAAGCUAUGUACAAUGUACAUUUAUAUAUAAAUGACUACUACAAUAAACAUGUGUAAGCUAGUCUGAUAACAUUGACUGUGUAACAUUCGUCUUGAAUGAAAAAUAUUAUAUUUCAUUAUUUGCAAAUAAAUAUUUAUAUAUUAAUGAUGACAAUUGAAUCAGUAUUAUAUGUUUUUUGAAAACUUAAUUUAAAUUCGCGGUUUCGAAUACCAAGUGACCAGUGACGUGCAAUUUAUAAAUGCAAAGACUGGAGAAGAAAAUUUCCUUGUACAUUUUGUACUGCCCCCAGUUUAAAUCCUUGUGCACGCCACUGAAAGUGACUAUAUACACACUCUUAACAAUCUUCUCCAGUGUAGGAGCAAACGGUAAUGUUUGCAACACAAACAUGACAAAGCGAGGUUAGCUGUGUAAACGAUCACAGAAUUAGUAUGACGCCGAUGCUUUAUAGUGCAAGAGCUGUGGUCGCCAGAUCUUCGUCGUUUUGUAACAGAUAAAAGUAUAUCAACCCAUGCUCCUAUACGUCGCACCAAACUUCGAGUCUGAUCUAAAUACGAGGCGUGUGGUUAAAAUAUAUUUCAGUUGGGUUGAUAUUGUAAUGUCAGAGUGGACUCAAAGUUUGGCGCUACCUAUACCAUAGGUAUAGUAGACAACUAGAGAGCUUGGAGUAUUAGGUAAUAAAAUAACGAAGAUUUGGCCUUCAUAGGAUUUUGGACUACUGAAUGUGGUUUGCCAAUUUUUAUAUACAAUAUAAAUUUAAUUUAUUAAUUUAUGUUCAUUAAACUAUUUAUAAAUAAAUAGUUAAUGCAUAAAAACAAUACUGAAUAAAGCUUUAUUUUCUAAAACCAGUGUAUUUCUAAAUCAAAUUAGAAUAAUUUUAUGACAAAUAUUUUUUUUUUGUAUCCAGUAAAUGAAUAAAAUUAGUUCCGUUUUAGUGACUAAUGCUGAUUAUUUAUAUAAAAUAAUAAUUAUAUUACAAUCAAUGAAAUCUUUAUACAUACAAUUUACGAAUAUUGUUUAAAUAAAAGAAGACCAAAGUAGUUUCAACUUCGGUCAUACCAGAGCAGUGCUAGGGCGAUCUAUGUAUACAUAGUGUAAAUUAUUUAUUGUAAAAUAAUAUUAAAUACAUAACAAUACGCUUUACGAAUCGAGUUAUAGGAAAUUAUGUUAUUAAAAAACAUAUUCCUUUAUAACAACCACAUUAAGAGGACCGUUUUGACUGUUCAUGACGUCAUAACUAAGUUGUAACAACUCUCCUUGUCACAAGUAUUGUAUUGUAUUCAAUCCCUAAUGUAAAUGUCAACGUAAAUUGAACUUUAUUUCAUUUAUCUUAAAGCUUAAUUUCAUUUUACAUUUACAACUUAUUAAUAUUAAAUUCUCCUUUAGCUCGAUCCGUAAAGUGUCUUAGUAAUAUGGCGGAUCCAAUGUAAAAAGUAUAAUUCUGUUCCUCAAAGUGUUUUAUUAGACAUUUCUUUAUUUUUUUUUUGUUAAUUUACUUGGGCUAGUUGAGUACGCUUACUACUGUACGAUAUAUUAUUUUUUAUUGUGAAUUUUUUGCCGUAUGCAAUGUUUUUACUCACAGCGCCGCCGGUCGCGUGGCGUCGCUUUGUUGACGUGCGUCAGUUUUACGCUUCCAGUACGCUUGCGUGCUGCUUUCGUAUACACUAUGCGGAUAUUAUCAUAUCUAAUGUGACAUCACAAAAUGUAUGUCGCUCGUAGGUGCGUAAUCUUGAUAAUAAUUAUUAAUUACAGUCUUCAAUUUCCCAGUGAUCUAUCUAGAAGUUGCUUCAGAGAACGAAGAUGAAACGGAUCUUACCAAAAAAAAAACAAAAAUACAACAUUAUAACAGCUUGCUCUAUUGCAACAGCUUAAUUUAUCCUUCAGAGGACAAAGUCAACCGAGCUUUUGGUUGGUAUAUUAUUAUUAUUUUUGGUGAAAAUUGAAAAACUAUUACAUUCAAACUAGUUCGGUGACUUUUGUUUUCUGAAAAAGACCUACGUGUAGUCGGCGAAUCCAGAGCUAAGGAUUAGCAUAGAUCACAUAGUUAAUUGCGCUCAGAAAUUGCGUUUCUGACACCCGUCAAUGUCAAUGUAAUAGCGAGUAAUUUACAUUAAAAAUGGAUUAAUUAUUCCAACUUACAAUAAACGUAUUAAUUUUGGGCUAAAAUUAUUAACAGUUAAUCAAUUAACAAAUAUAAAAAUGUGAUAUUGACAGGUGUCAGAAACGCAAUUUCUGAGCGGCCGGACUUUUAAUUAUCUAGAAAAUGACUCGAAACAAAGACCAGUGAAAAUACAUGCAAUACCAGUAAUACACCAAGUGUAUACGGAAGCGUCGCACAAGCGUAGCUCUCGUCGUGCAGUCGUCAACGAAGCGACGCGAUGCUUCCAAGGCGCUUAGCGUUACGCGAAUGACUGCUUAGUUUGUACAUUUGUAACUUAAUGUCAUAGAAUAAUGUGAGGUGUUCUGUUUGUGACAUCUGCGUUCAAAGUGGAGUUAUAUGGACGAUUUGUUUUAUGUAUUUGUGGAAGAUAUUGAUGUAAUAGUAUUAUUUUUUGUAUAUACUGUUAAAUCAAAAAAUCUAUAGCCAAAUUCCCUUUGACAAAAUCGGUUCUACUGAAAUGAACCGACAAAAGUCAACAAUCAACUUUUAAAACAUAUACUAUCUUUUUUUAUAAUUAAAAUAGUUAAAAAUCAUUACUAUUUUUUUUUACUUGUACAUUCUGUGUGAAGGUGGAAGAUGAUUUAAAAAUAAUGUUAAAGUAUUUUUAAUCCUUUUCGUAGACAAAGAAUAUGAUAUUCCAUUUGAUUGUGACAACGCUACAUUGAAUCAUUUAUUGUAUAAUAAAUUUUAAGCUAACUGUUUAUUUGUAAUAUGUGUUUAUUUUAUAUAUAAUAUAUUAUAUAUUAUUUGUUAGUCAUAUAUCAAAAUAGCCUUGAUUCGUUUCGUUACCGCAUAAAUAGUUCGACAUUUUGAGGGAAUAUCGUAUUCCAUCAAAAAGUAGGUUGUUAUCCAACCGUGUAUUUACCUAUAUUCACCUAUAUGUAAGUAUUCGUUAUAUUCACGGAAUAUAAAGAAUAACUGCAAAUUCCGUACAAAAUAAAUAACAAAAACGUAUAUAAACAAAAAUUUUGCACAGAAAAUGUCUUCCUUUAGUUCACCAAUACAUAAACCAACCAAUAGGUUAUUAAAAACUGUUGCAACCAAUAGAUAAGUACUUCAUAUAUCAAUAUCUUCCACAUUAUAAUUUUAUUAUGUUCAGAUCCAAAUUGUACAAUAAAUCUUCCAUUGUACUGGAUCUCAACGAAUUAUGAUGAAACAGUAGAUUAUGUGUACAGGUCGGUUAUGUUUUUAUUAUUCAGCUGUGAAUAGCUCUUACAAUACAUGCACUAUCCAGUCGUUAGACGAAUAUGAAAUUCGCUAUGUCGGUUUGUUAAAUUUAAUUUAAUAUUAUAUAAUUUAAAUGACCGUUGACAUCCUAAAGUAUUACUCGUGCGCAUUAACUUAAUACCUGGUCACCAAACACAACCAAACAAACAUCACUUGAACCAGGUGUCAAGUUAAUCCGCACGAGCUGUAGUAAGUUUAGAUGUAAGUAUUUGUAACCUAAACAUGAUAGUAUCUAUCAAUUUAGGUCAUAACUUUGUCUAAAAUCCUCAUUUUUCUCAUUUGUUAUAACAUUUAAAAUGUAAAAGUUUAAUAAGUUGGCAUAGCGAAUGAAUUGUUACAUUUUAACUUAUUAUAAUUAUGAUAAUCAGACUGAGUUCCCUAAUAUAAUAGCUGCAAGUGACAAUUACUAGUCUACAUUUGCAAGACGCGGUGUUUCGACGAUACUGUACUUUCCUCUCCUUACAAAUAUGUAAAAAAAAACAUUUUUUUUCUAAAUCAAUCAACCAGAAAUAAAUUAUCGAAGGAAAACAAAUUCAAAUUUCAAUUUCCAAACAGAUUGAUUUGAAAUAUUUUUCUCUAACGAGUAUCGUCGAAGCGACGCGUCUGCAAGUCGUUCCAAAAGAGUACUUAUUCCGCAUAAUUUAAGACAUAAUUUAGCUUGUCGCGUCCGGUGCACUGCAGUGUACUGCGAGUGGAGUCAGUACGCGGGACGAGUGCACCCACACUGCACAAUAUUGAGAAUAGGGUGCGUAAUCAUGUGCCUUCGAUGUUGAUAAAAAAAUUUUCAUAGUUGAUGCUUCUAAUUAGUUGAUAAGUUAACCGAUUGUAAAUAUAGUGUAAUGAACGCUUACUUCGAUGUCGAACUCGUUUAUUUUUUAAUUAUUUAAUUGAUUAAUUUUUAAUAAAUUAAUUUAUUCUCCUGAGACACCAUCUCCACGAGCGUGUAUGUUACGCCAAGCUAGUGUAGGUGGUGCCUUAGAUUCGCCUUUGGCCUUUAUUCUUUGUAACAUUUGACAUUGCUUAAUUCAUGACGUCAUAAUUGGCAUAAAAUGUAAUAUAAAAAAAAGUUAUAUACCAGAAACAUUUAUACGGUACCCAGUAGUUGCGAAAUCAAUGUCAGAAAUAAAUAUAACUCUUGUUCGCUUCGUCAAAGAAUUUGUAGGUUAAAUUUGUUUUGCAGAAAUGACGUCCAUAUGCAAUGUCAAAGUCAUAGAGAAUCAGGGCCCGAGGCUGUUGUACUGAUAUCGUAUAAGAUCGUCUCGGUGCCAAGUCGCGCGCACGCACUCUUGCCAGAACCUAUUGUUUCUAUGUCAAUGUCUUCCGUUUACUGUUUUUCUGUAUACAACGACUCAUUGACUACGCUUAUUUUGACAUUUGUUAAUGCAGUGAAAUUAAAGCUUCAUGAUUAUAGAAAAAAAAAAAAAAUAAUGUCUCUGGAUGUUUUGUUAAAAUUUAAAAUUAUUAAAUAUUUAAAUCUUGUAAAAAGGCAAUUUUUUCGAGGUUUUAAUUUCACUGUACAUUUUUUUUUUUAUAAAAACAAUAUUUUCAAACAGUAAUUUUAUGACAAUCGUUCAAAUCGUGCACAAUGCGACGCCCGAGACAUCUGUGUCCAGAUAAAAGUAUAGAUACCACGGACCGGGGCCCCGGUCUCGCCAAUUUGUAUAAAUAGAUAAAGCUAUAUUCAAUUAUAAUUAUACAAUAAGGCACUUUCGGUACACCCUAGCGUCUAAAAGUACCUUAUCGAAAUUAUUAAUAUUAUUAUUAUGUACCAAAAAGUCCAAACAAAGUGGGCUCAAAGUAUGUCGAAGUUAAAUUUGCUUGUUAAAAUUGUAAAAAGUAUAAUGUUUUUCAAGUUUAGAGUGUAUAACGAAUGUGGAAAUAAUCGAUUUGUAAUAAAAUAAUUAGUAUUACCUGCCGGCGCCGGCGGAGGCCGACUCGGCCGACUCG